AUGGGUGAUACGAAUGGACAAGUUGUAGCUGGUGGCGAUGGCCUAGGAAAUCGAUUGAAUCAAUUGAAUCAGCCAACCGAUGUAUUGAUCGACAAAGAGACGGAUAGUCUCAUUAUUUGUGAAUUGGGGAAUCGACGAGUCGUACGAUGGUCUCGUCGUAGUGGUGCAGCACAAGGAGAAAUUCUCAUCCACAACAUCCGUUGUUUGGGAUUGGCCAUGGAUGAUCAGAGAUAUCUCUACAUAUCUCACACAGACAAAAAUGAAGUAAGACGAUAUCAAAUAGGAGACAAGAAUGGAACUCUAGUAGCUGGUGGCAAUGGUAAAGGUGCUGGUCUCAAUCAACUCAACUAUCCGACCUACAUCUUUGUCGAUCAACAACAGACUGUCUACGUGUCAGACAGGGACAAUCAUCGUGUAAUGAAAUGGAAUAAAGGUGCAAAAGAAGGAAUUGUCGUCGCUGGAGGUCAAGGCCAAGGGAAUGCUCUGACACAAUUGUCGUAUCCUAAUGGACUGCUCGUCGAUACAUUGGGUGAAUUUAUUACAACAGAAAAGAAUGAAACAAGAUAUAUUCUUCUUUUGAAUAAAAAUUUAUUUAUAUCGACAUAUCUAUUCUAUACACAUCAAGAUCAACAAUUUGUUAUUCAUGUACAAGUAUGUAUUAAUCAAUAA